AUGUUCACUAGUAGCAUCCAUUCACUUACAUUAAAGAAACAUUCGUCUCGUGUUAUUUCUAGGGUUCUAACACAAGCCGCAAACUUGGCCUACGAGGUCUACAUGCCAACGCCCACAUGUAACAGUCCAAUCUGCGGUUACCCGUGUCCUGAAAUGUAUAAAGAAUACGGGGAAAUAUGUGCCCGCAACGGAGAAUAUAAUUAUAAAACCUUUCCAAACGUCUGUGAAAUGUUAACAGAUAACUGCGACAAGAAUAUGGACUGGGUUAUGACGCGCAGAGGAGAAUGUUUUCCGUAUUGGGGCACAUCUGAGGGUACUUGGGACCUCUGGAUCAACAAAGGAACAUUUCCUCCGAAACUUAAAGAGAAAUUUGAAAAGGGUCACACCAUCAUAGAUAGUCUAGAACAAUAUAAACAUUAUAUAUACGACUACCACUCAAGCACAAACUAG